UACAUGGUGAACACUUGAAUAGAGACUACAUACCUGGAGAUGUUGCCCAAUACCAUCAGUGCAGCUGGAGAUAUUUCUGCUAAUAUAAUGUGCUGCAGUGCAGAUUUUACCUUUAAGCUGCUUUACAAAAUAGUAUAAUUUCUCAUGAGAAUAUGAGAUGCAUUUCUAGAAACAUACCCUGGAGCAAUAUAGUUUACCAUAUAACAAGAAUACAUAAAGCUUGUGAAACAUACAUAAAACCUGUGAUUACAUGGAAAUGACAUUUAUAGUCAUCGGAUGUGAGAAAACCCUCACAUUGUGAUUGUCAAGAGGAAUUUAUUUCACAAGUUGCUAUAUAAAACAUUUCCUCUCCUCUUUUUAGUGACUAAUGAAGAUAAACCAUUUGAAAUUGGACCAGUUUUGAGUGUGACCACUGUGGGCGGCAGUGAACUGCAGCAUUUGUGCACCGACAGUUUUGUUUUGUCACUUACAGACUCAGAUUAUUGUUGUAAGGAUCCCCACUGAACUAGACCUUUCUGUUAGAGUAAGAUCCUUAUUUUUCAACCAGAAACCCCCAAAUCUCUAUCUGUAAAUCCACCAGAUUUCAUUGAAAUAAACAAUAGUUUUAGCAGGUGUAAAGCCAGUGUAUUUUCACAUCUGACUGGAUGAAGUAAGGUUUAUUUUAACCAAACAAGAGAAGGUGAUUGUUUUAACAGUGAAAAGACAAACCAAGAUGGUUUAUGUGAGUUUUAUUUUGUUUCUAUCUACUUUGAAUGAAGUGUGUUUUACAAUGAUGAAAUAACUUUUUUUAAUACGUGGUUUGGUGAUGGUGAUUUCAGGGCUGAUUCUAGUUAGGGAUAAAGGAUCUUACUCUUUAACAAAAAGGUCUGUCUAUGUAGGGAUUAUUUCCACAAUGUUGUCAGACACUUAGAAUAACAACCUGAGCCUGUCAGUGUCAAAAACAAGCACUGUCAGUGGUCAUAAAGUGACAGUGCAUAAAUGACCUGUGUGGCAUCCUGUUGAGUAACUGCCAGCUGCAACGCUCUCUCAAAACAGGACCAAUUUUUUUUUAAAAAAAAGUUGUCUAUACUAGUCACUUAGACACAAAAACAUGGCAAACUAGCUUGCAGGCUGAAAAACUUUAAAGUUGCCGUUUAAUAAACCGCUUGUUGUCCCUCAGUAACACCAAUUCAUGAACAUAGGAACUAAAGUGCGUGUUGUUUCCACCCGAACUGAAAAGACGUGUGCACUUUGGGUCAAAGUGACAAGUGCUGCGAAUACAUUUACAGUAGCUAGCUGCAGGUUUGUGUUAUGAUAUCAUGUACGCUAAUAAGUUUGGUCGCCUCGUGUUGGGGCUGUACAGCCGCAAGACAGCCGCGGUAGGACGGAGCGGGUUCAGCUGGGCUGCGGUGUGUCAACAGCGGACACUGUUGCUGCAGAGGAGCGGCUGCGUGAGGACCCAGCUACAUGCCACUGUGCCCUGUCGCUUCAGUGCUCGGUCAGCCUCGCAAAGCACAGUGGAUCCCGAUGAGGUGAGACGGUUCCAGUUACUGGCCGGCAAGUGGUGGGAUGAACAGGGAGAAUUUGCAGCUCUUCAUGCCAUGAACGACCUGAGGGUGCCUUUUAUACGGGAUAAUCUGCUGAAUGUACACAGAACACGUCACCCUGGGAAACCACUCGGAGGGCUCAGAAUACUGGAUGUGGGAUGUGGAGGAGGCCUGCUCUCAGAGCCCCUAGGUCGCCUUGGGGCAAAUGUGUUGGGUAUCGAUCCAACAGAAGAGAGCAUAAACACAGCCCAGCUGCAUUCGUCCUGUGACCCUGACCUUCGCGAUCGGGUCUGCUACAGGGCAUGCACACUGGAGGAGCUCUCAGCAGAAGAGGAGGGAGGUGAGGAGGAGGAGCAGUGUGUGGGCCAGUUCGAUGCUGUCGUAGCCUCUGAGGUGGUGGAACAUCUGGCCGACCUGGAAACAUUCGCCUCCUGCUGCAGCCACGUGCUGAAGCCAGGCGGCUCACUCUUCAUCACUACUAUUAAUAAAACCAACCUGUCAUACGCGCUGGGUAUUGUUGUAGCUGAGCAGCUGCUGCGCAUCGUUCCCAGCGGGACACACGACUGGGAGAAGUUCAUCAGCCCUGAAGAGCUGGAGCGCCUCCUGGAGUCCAAUGGUUUCUCAGUACAGUCUGUUCAAGGAAUGCUGUACAACCCAGUAUCAGGAGCCUGGAGCUGGACUAACAGCACCGCCAUCAACUACGCCCUCCACGCUGUCAAAGUGAGAGGUGAUCCCCACACAGAGUGGGCUGAGGAAAGCAGCUCCCAUCCAGGGGAUCACACUGCAGCCACACACAGCUGAGCCAAACGACUGGAGAACAACAAAAACAACAAAAAAACAUUGAGAUGUGUGAAGCCCUGACUUCCCCGUGGGUCAGCUGUGACGCAGCGUAUGAGACUGACGUUAUCAAAGGCAAAGGGACAAAGAGCCUGGAGACAGAAUUAAAGAUGUACUGUAUAAGAUUGCAUUACGCUGUUGGUGUUCUCUCAGCCUUUGAUUUACUAUGAAGUGUAAUCAGUUUAAGAUGAGCUUUUCAAGGCAACUGUACACGCUCUAAUUGUGUUAUUCAGUAGCAGAGCUAUAACCACACAGCAGCUGAGUUUGUAAUGCUCACAUGCAUCAUUUACAGAGUAUACCGUUGAAUCAGCUUCAUAUUUUGGGUAAAAUAUUUUGUGAUUUGCCAUAUACUCUACUGAAGUUGUUGCAUUUCUGAGGAGUGAAAAUACAACAGUGAAGAAUCUGAUAGAUUUGGUCGUGGCUGAAAACAAUAAAUAUGAUUUCAUGUUGUUUUUCGCUGCA